CAUCGUGCUAGUAAAAAUUAAGACUUGUUCUUGUCGAAAUAAAUAUAGAAUGAUCGCUGGUACUGGAUUUGCUUGGCUGAAACAUAACGGAGAGGCCUGAAAACACAACAAGCACUAGCUUCUGCAGCGUGUCCGUUUCUAUAGCAACGUAAACAUACUUGAGGGAGCAAGUCAUGGUCCGCAUCAGUGAGGAUCUGAUCCGCCGCAGAGCAGAACACAAUAAUGGGGAGAUCUUUUCCCUGGAGGAGGUUUCCCUCCAUCAGCAGGACAUCGAGAGGAUCGAGCAUAUCGACAAAUGGUGCAGAGACCUCAAAAUCCUCUACUUACAGAACAACCUCAUCCCUAAGAUAGAAAAUGUGGGCAGACUAAAGAAGCUGGAGUAUCUAAACCUGGCACUGAACAACAUAGAAGUUAUCGAGAAUUUAGAAGGCUGUGAGAGCUUGCAGAAACUAGAUCUGACGGUGAAUUUUGUGGGUACGCUGAGCAGUGUGGAGUCUCUGAAGCAGAACCUUCAUCUCAGAGAGCUCUACCUAGUGGGAAACCCCUGUACUGAAUUUCACGGAUACAGACAGUAUGUGGUGGCACAUUUGCCUCAACUACAGUGGUUGGAUGGGAAAGCAAUCGGGCGAGGUGAGCGUAUUCAGGCUCUGCAGGAACUGGAUGGAGUGAGGAGACGUGUUUUAGAGCAAGAGGCAGAGUAUUUAAAGAAGAGAGAGAAACAGAAAAACAAUGGUUUGAAAGAGGCAGACAAGCAGGAGGAUCCUCAAAGAAACCAACUGCUCUCUGAGAACCAAAAUUGGACACAUCAGAAUCCAGAAUUGAGCUCCAAGGCUCACACAGACAUAGAAGAUAAGGAGAGGGAAUUUUGGGAAAAGCCGUGCCCAUUCACACCAGAAUCCAGGCUAGAAGCCCAUCGCCAUCUGGAGGACAAGAGGAGGGCCAAAGAAAAGGAGAGAGAGAAGCCUAAAACCAAAACCCCCAGAAGUCUGAUCACUGCAGAUGGACGAGUGUUGAACGUCAAUGAGCCCAAGUUGGACUUCAGUCUCACUGAUGAUGAGAACAACUGCAUGCGUUUGGAUUUACAUGUUUACAGGCAUAUGGACACUUCACUGCUGGAUGUGGAUGUUCAGCCAACAUAUGUGAGAGUGACCGUCAAAGGAAAGGUGUUCCAGCUGGUUUUGCCUGCAGAAGUGAAACCUGACAGCAGCACAGCACAGAGAUCCCAAACCACCGGCCACCUGCUCCUCAUCCUACCUCUGGCACAUGGAGAGAUUAAACCAAAGAAACACACUGCCAGGCCGACCAGUGUUACCAGUAACCAGAAUACCAAAAAAGAAACCAGGGCAGCGCCUGGGCGUGAAUUACUGGAGGUGGAUCCCGGUCUGGCUGGGAGUCUGGCCAACAUUGUUCCCAGAGGAAAGGAGUCUUCCCACAAGCCCCAGCAGUUCUCACAGCCUCACGAGCGCUGUGGCGUCGAGGAGAGGCCUGUGUCAAAGGACUUUGUGGAUGAUCCAGAAGUGCCUCCACUUAUGUGAGCAGGACAGAGAGAAAGAGAAUAUGCUAUGAUAUGACACAGCAAGACAGCAUAAGCGUAAUCACACUCUCUGCUGAGCUUGUGGAACUGUGUGUGUGAUGAAAUAAUGUGAGAUAUAUUUAGUUCUCUUCAUUAGACAUAUAGUUAAGCAGAUGAGUAAUUGUCAGUCUCAUUAAAGCUUGCUGAAUAUUUCACUGCUACACAUUCUUCACUUUCAGUAUGUUCUCUCUAUCACAUACACACACACACAGAUACUCAUUUAUUGACUCACACUCAUGUCUGUCUGAUAUAAAGCAGGCGGUGUCUCUAAUGCCGUGUCUACACCGGAUGCGGGCAUUGUGUCGGGACUAAACUAAAUUACUCCCAUUAUAAUCAAUGAAGCCGUCCGCAAUGGAAAUGCCUGAUUUGCUGCUUUUCCUUUCUCUGUUUUUCUCUGUUCUACUUUUUUCUUUUAUGUGUUGGAGGAAUGUGUGGAUAUGUGUUGAAGAUGUGUGUGAAGGUAAAUACUGUUUUGUGUGUGUGUUUGUGUGUGCACAGAAGAGGUCAGAUGUGUACAUAACUGCCAACGGAUGAGCUCAUUUCUCUGCAGUAUUUCUAUUUUCAGGAAAGCAAGAAGAUAUACUCACCCUAUAGUUCACACUCCUUGCAGCUGGCACACACACACACAACAAAGGUCAAACACACAUCACAGUACAUGCACAUUCUUUACAGCUCACACUCAGGGCCAGCAGGUACACAUCUUUCCUCAGCGUUUGAGUGUUAUUCUUCGGUAUUGUGUCUGUGUCCUUUCCCCUGGUGCUUUAUGUGUGUACGAGUGAAUUAUCGGUAUGUGCAGAUGGGCUGUGCAGGUUUCAUUUCCACCUUUAUUAAAAACUCCUGUCAGCACAUGAGUAAUUUACAUUGCUGCUGACAUUUAAACACCCCUGUGCUGUGCUGUGCUGUGCUGGACUAAAUCUUAUGAAAGCGGUUUUAGAGACGCUUUAGAGAAUAGGGUAAACCCAUUACACAUUAAAGAGCGCCGUUUAGAGAUGAUUUUAAUUAAUUACUUACAGGCUAACCUGAUUCUAAAACAAAUAUACAGUGGGG